AUGGUGAGGACGGCAGAGCACCAGUCAGUGGCUGGUGCUACCGUGCAUCAGAUUCCGGAGCAGUUGGUUUUGGUGGAAUUGUCAGGAAUUAUUGAUUCAGACUUUCUCUCAAAAUGUGAAAAUAAAUGCAAGAUUUUGGGGAUUGACACUGAGAAGCCUAUCAUGCAGGUGGACAAUUAUGUCUUUGCUGGGGAGUAUGAAGACACUCUUGGGACCUGUGUUAUAUUUGAAGAAGAUGGGGAGGAACAUGUGGAGCUCUACUUUCCAAGGUCAUUGUGGCAUCUCAGUCAAUCUUGUGUUUUUUCCCUUGGCCUGCCUUCUCGACCCCUCAAAUUAGGUGGUGUGGAAUGGCUGCGAAUCAGUGACAGCGAUUCCUCCAAUAGACCCAGCAUGAUUUGUAGCUUUCUACAUGAAGACGAAGACAUGGUAGCUUCAGCCCCACACAAAUCUUUAGAGUUGAAGGAGCAAGAUAUUCACAUGAAAGAUAAUUCAGACCUGAGCUACGACCAAGAGAAACCACUGCACUUGGAUAUAGGGGAUUCGAGUCCUCUUAUCGAGAUCCCUUCUUUUGAUACAGAAGGCUUUGUUUUUAUGGAUUCUCAGGAUGGUGCGCUGGAAGCCACUCCUCGAUGAAAUGUUCCUCCUGAUAUUGCCUAUCAUGAACUUGGUAGAUUUUACAACUGUAGGCUUCAUUUGUUCAUCUAUUUUAUUCUUUUUGUUGGCUUUCUAAUGAUAGCAAAACCUAACAUAGCAGUCAUUCCAAGACCAAGCAUGAACUGAAUUAAAAACCAAACCCCAAACUGGCUAAAUUAAUCCUAGACUCCUCUCUGAUGAAUCCUUUAAAUUUGGUUGUUUUACUACGGUAAGUAUAUUGGUUUUCAAUUACGAGCACCAUAAAUUACCAUAAACUUGUAUUGUUGGCUACCAUGGAGUCACAGCUAAGGGUGGGUGACCCCAGGUAUAAUGGGACUGGGAGGACAGAGUGAAGAUUCUUCUAGCUGAAAAGCUUGAUGCUAUUGUGCAUCAGACUGCAUCUCUUGCUCUGUAAAUCACACAGUUAAGUGAGCCUGUGCCAGGUUAGACCCCACAAAGCUUACUGGGUCCUGUGCGUGUGGAUGUCAUUCCAAUCCUGUGACUGCUACGGCUGCCCAGCCAGAGAGCGCACUGCCACUGCCGACCGCGCCUUCUUUAGUGUGGGACAGAAGGACACUUCUCUCUUGGUUCAGUCACUCUGGCACAGCCAAACUUACUCCUAAUUGAUACAUUAUACAUUUUUUAAAGCAAAAAAAUCUAUAGACGUAUAAAGAAGUAGAGUGGAAGAUUCUUGAGACUGUUAAUCGUACAAAGGAAAUUGAUCUAGACCAGGGGUCCUCAAACUACAGCCUGGCCCACUGAGGACAAUUAUCCUGCCUGCCGGGUGUUUUUGCCAUUUGUUUUUUUACUUCAAAAUAAGAUAUGUGCAGUGUGCAUAGGAAU